AUGACCUCACAAUCCGCUGAAACCUCCAAGGACAUAGAUCCUCGACUCGUUCAACUGAGCUCCCAUGUUUUCGUCUGUGAACCUACAGUCGAUGCCGCUGUUGACUCUGUGCACCCAUCUGUCAUUCUCCUAUUUGGCUGGAUGUAUGCCCAGGCGUCUCACCUGAGGAGAUACGUCAUCCAACUCCGCCAUCUAUUUCCGUCCUCUACGAUAAUCCUCAUCAAAUGCGCGGACACGUCGUUCUACUGGGCAUCACAUCGAGAACAACAACGAAGAAUCCUACCCGCAAUCGAUGUCAUUCGGGAGAGAUCCAUUGGAAUGAAGCCAUUUAAUGGAGUCCUAGUGCAUGUCCUGUCUAAUGGUGGUGGCUUCCAGCUGCUCGAGCUUCGGAGAAUCCUAGCAAAGACGCGGUUCUUCAGCGAUGAGAAGACCCGGCUGGCGAAAGCGCCUAUCGCUCUAGUCCUCGACUCAGUCCCGGGAGCGAACGGAUUGUCCUCCAUGCUCGACGUCGCCACGCCUUCCCAACCCGUUCUCAAAGCAAUCACUACCCCCGUUGUCUCAGCGGUGUACCUCCUCAUGUACACAAUCAACGCGUUAGCAGGAAAUCCACCCAUCUUUGCCGAGCUUCGCGAGACACUCCACACCAAGAACACGCUCGCAUUACCGCCUUCUGCAACACCGAACUGCGCACCUCGACUCUACGUAUACUCUGCGUCCGACAAGAUCGUGCCGUUUGAUCUCAUUGAAGCCCAUAUUGACGAGGCAAAAGGGAAAGGACUCGAUGUUACUAUAGAGAAGUUCGAGACGUCGGCGCAUGUGUCGCACGCGCGAAAGGAUCCAGAGAGAUAUUGGGGCGCGUUGGAGAGACUGUGGCUCAAGGCUGUAGCAGAGUCGCGAGCUGAGAGAACGUCCGAGUUGAACUGUGUUAUGAAGAGUAAACUGUAGUCGUAAUGUAGCCCGUAUAUCAG